AUGAUCAUGAUAGAGAGUGGCAAUAAUAAUGAAGUUGAUGACGAUGAUGAUGCAAGAGGCGUAAACGGCGCAUAUCUAUGUAAAACAAAUAGGGCUAUUGGCCAUUGUACAUUGCGCAAGGAGUGUCCACAAUUGAGUAAUGCCAAAUAUACGUCGGUUGAAGAUAAUAAGGACUGCAAGAAAUCAAACCUAAUUGGUGACGUUGUUUGUUGUGCGAAGAACAUAAAAAUUCGUCCAGAAAAGCCGAAACCGAAAUCUGUGGACUUAAACUUAAUUUUUUAUCGAGGAAGGCCGAAACCGAAAUCGGACACAGAAAUUUAUUCAGAAAAGCCGAAACCGAAAUCCGACACAAAAAUCCAUUCAGAAAAGCAGAAAUGGAAAUCGGUGGACUUAAACCAAAUAAAUCCUGAAGGCUUGUCAUUAUUAAAUAAAAAUAAAUGUGGAUGUAUAUCAGAUACUCGCAUAGGUAACGGCGUAAAUGCUGUUCUAGGAGAAUUCCCAUGGAUGGCAAUUUUGCUCUACGCCAAUAGAACACCAUUUUGUGGUGGUUCGAUCAUAACAGAUCGAUAUAUCUUGACUGCUGCUCAUUGCAUUAAGAAUGGUUUACAUUUUGUGCGUUUGGGUGAACACAAUUUAAGCACUGAACUAGAUUGUCUGCACCGCAAUAGAAAAUGUCGAACAUAUCUGGAAUUUGCUGUUGAUCCAGAGCGGAAACCAAUUGCCCAUCCAAAAUAUAAUUUGUUCAGUAAUUAUAAAGACAUCGCGUUAAUAAAAAUAAAUGGAACUAUAGAUUUUAAUUGCUACAAACACAUCAAACCCAUUUGUUUGCCGACAUCGGAAAUAGUCUCUCAUGAUGCUGACAUGGUCUUGGCCGGUUGGGGACUAAAGAAAAAUAAUCGAGAGGCUGAUGUUCUUCAAAGAGGUGUACUGAAAUUAUUUCCACUGGAUGUAUGCAAAAAAGUAUACAAACGAUAUACUGGAAUAGAUGAAUCAAAGAUUUGUGUAGGGACUGGUGAAAACAAAACGGUAUCUUGCCCUGGAGAUUCUGGUGCUCCACUCAUUUCGAAAACUGAAUACAAGAGCGGAGAUUACACAUUGGCACGUUACACACAGAUUGGCUUGGUAUCUCUUGGAUCUGCGUUAUCAUGCGGCGAAUCAACUUCAACUCCAUCUUUGUACGAAAACAUUGAAGACUCUAUGCCAUGGAUAACUCAUACUAUUUUGAGUUGAUUACGAAUUCAUAAAUUUAAUAGUAGAAAUUGCAGUGGCUGUAAAAUUAAAUAUAAUCCCAACUUAGCAAAAUGACUUUACUUUAGGUUGUAAAAUGUACGCCUUUGAGUGCUUUGAGUUAUGCUUGAGCCAGACCUGAUAAGGAAGCAAAAGAUAUAGGUCUCCUCUCAUCCACUUUGAAAGUUUUCAAUGCAAUAACCGACGGUUGAAGCAGAGGAAGAGGAUGAGAGAAGGGCAGGUCUGUACUCAGUCUUUCCAAUUGGCGCUAAUCUGCGAAAAGAAGGAAUG